AUGUUAUCAUCUUCUGGUAAUUGUGGUACUUCUGUAACGGUUACUAAAGCCGCUGCAGCUGAGAAUUCUGUUACUCUUGGUGAUUGUUAUACGGCAGCAUCGGAUGACAUUCCAACAACCAGCUGUGGACGAUUUGAAGGUGAUGAGGAUGGUGGUGACAAUGAAGGAGGAAGUAGUGGCGGUGGCAUUAGCGAUGCUAAUAAUGGUGUUGUGCCCAUGGAAUCUGCCCCAUCAUCAUCUUCAUCAACGUCGUCAUCAUCUGGACUAGGACCAGUAGGAGUUAUGCCAAUGGAAGGUACCACUACUACAGGUAAAGAAGAUUUGGGACCGGUUUCCAGAGAUCGUUGUAAUACUUGGCCGAUGCGACGACCACAACUUGACAUUAAUGCCCAAACCAGUCCGUUGAUCCAUGAGCAAAUUCCAGAAGAGGAAGCUGA